AUGGGCGAUGGGGGCGCGGAGCACGACCGUGGCCCCGCACGCAGGGAGUCGCGCGGCGGGCGCGGCGCGGACCGCGGAGGAGCGGAGGACUCGAGCGCGGAUGCCGGCGGCCGCAGCCCAGGGGAUCUUGCCAGGACCUCAGCCUCCAGCCCUGCGGGUUCCAGGGAGAGCGGUGCCGACAGCGACGGGCAGCCUGGGCUCGGAGAGACAGACCACUGCCGCCGCAUCCUGGUGCGAGAUGCCAAAGGGACCAUCCGGGAAAUUGUCCUGCCCAAGGGCCUGGACCUGGACCGGCCCAAGCGGACCCGCACUUCCUUCACGGCCGAGCAGCUGUACCGCCUGGAGAUGGAGUUUCAGCGCUGCCAGUACGUGGUGGGCCGCGAGCGCACGGAGCUGGCCCGCCAGCUGAACCUCUCGGAGACCCAGGUGAAGGUCUGGUUCCAGAACCGCCGCACCAAACAGAAGAAAGACCAGAGCAGAGACCUGGAGAAGCGGGCGUCCUCCUCGGCGUCCGAAGCCUUCGCUACCUCCAACAUCCUGCGGCUGCUGGAGCAGGGCCGGCUGCUCCCCGUGCCCAGGGCCCCCAGCCUCCUGGCCCUGGCACCUGGCCUGUCGGUCCUGCCUGCCUGCCCCAGGGGCACUUCCCUGGGUGACCCCAGGAACUCCUCCCCGCGCCUCCAGCCGCUGGCCUCGGCCUCCGCGGCCCCUCCGAGGCCCCUGCCUCCCGCGCUCGGCUUCCCCACCGCCCCGCUCCUGGACCUGCCUGCCGGCUGUGAACUGGGCUCCUCGGCCUUCGAGCCCUACAGACCGCCCUCCGGCCGCCGGCUGGAGCGGAGAGCAGGCAGCCCGGGCGGCGCCAGGAAAGCUAACGCUUAAGCCUCCACCCCCGUGUGACACUGUCCCAAGCACAGCACCACCCCGCCUCCCAGGCCCAGGGGAGGUGGGCAGCCACGUGUCCUGCCCCGGCGGCGCCCCCGCGGCCCCCCAGCCCAGAGACUCGACC